AUCUCGGGGUUGGUCUUUCCCUCGCACAGACGCGCCGUAUCCGUUGCCACUCGUCCCACGGAGGAUCAAUACGAACGAUGUAAAGGCUGACUUUUCGUAUCAGUGCGAACAGUUUGGUCGUACCGAAGAGACGCGAUGCGCGACGGUAGACCGCGGAAAAUCCUUGCAUCGCACGUUCCCUUUUCGCGUUAUCUUUUAUACGAGAGUAUUUAAUUAUUUGCGCGAAGUUGAUGCGAUUUUUAAUAACGUACAUUCGAGACAAUUUUGAUAAACGAUUAAAACAUUAACAAAAUAAAUAAACAUAAGUAAAUAAACAAAUGAAUAAUUGUUGAAUCGACAUACCUCCGUUGUAUUAUUAUUAAUUAUUAUAAUAUCCCAUGUGAUUGAUUGAUUGAUUGAUAACUGUUGAUCGGUAUGAUAAUCGUUGUAAUAUUUGUUAGAAAAUAAAUAACCGCGUUAUAGUGUCAAAUAUUGUGAUAAAUUUUACAAGAGAUAAUUCAUGUUAGUUAUUGAAAUAAUAAUUCACUCGAUGAUUAGCGUAUAGGUGAAUUGACGGGAGUUUUCUAAAAUCUGAAUAGGUACAAUCAAUUCGCAUCAACGAUAUAAUGAUUCACUGAUUGGAGGAACGCGUUUAUUUCUUUUUAUGACGUUCCGCAGUUGCGAAAACAGUGCGUAAUAUAAAGGGGCGGAUAAUUUCCUACGGUAUAAUCGAGCGUAAAAGUUAUUAAAUUUACAUAGAAUAAUAAAGGAAAAAUUGUGAUGAUCGAAAAAUAUACAGUGCUACAGUUACUGAGAUAACAUUAUCAAUAAAAUUCAAUCGCUGCUCUCUCCGAGUCGAUCACUUUUUCAAGAGUUAUUUUCUGCAGAAAGACCGUGGAUGCAGCCAGGCGGCGGACCGAGACACGGCGCUGGUCCCGGGGGCGACGAUGAAGCACCCAAGGAUCCUGGCGCCAGACAAACCCAUCAAUCCUAUACGGAAAAGGACUUCGAAGGUCAUAGAGCGCACACGGUGUACGUGGGUGUUCAUUUGCCAGGCGAACGGAGACACAAACGCCAUCACAAACACCAUCAUUCGCGACAAUAUUCCGGAGAGAAGGAUGAUUCCGACUCGGACCGUCCCAUCACACCGCCGGCUCAAAGGGUGCAAUUCAUCCUGGGAGAAGAGGUCGGCGAUGACGCCCACGAGUCUCAUCCGUUGUUCUCCGAAAUGGAGGAAUUGGUUAAAGACGGCGAUGAAAUGGAGUGGAAGGAAACUGCGAGGUGGAUAAAAUUUGAAGAGGACGUCGAAGAGGGUGGUAACAGAUGGAGCAAACCUCACGUGGCGACUCUGUCUUUGCAUUCGUUAUUCGAACUCCGAAGUCUUCUAUUGAACGGUACUGUUAUGCUCGACAUGGAAGCCUCCAGUCUGGAACAAAUUGCCGAUCUUGUCCUCGACAAUAUGAUCAACAAGAACGUACUGCCAACGGAAUCCCGAGAGAAGGUCCGAGAAGCUCUCCUCGUGAGACACAGACAUCAGCACGAACGUCGCAAGGAUAACAACAUGUCAAGAUUACCGAUAAUCAGAUCGCUAGCGGAAAUCGGAAGAAAUCAUUCCUCGUCCAAAAAUUGUGACUGUUCAUGUGGUUUGCAUUCGUUGUUGACGUCAGAUUUGCAGGAGAGACGUCCUGUCGGGGACGCUUAUGUCCCUGCAGGAGACGAUUUACGGGACGGUGUCUCCCGUAGCAGAAGUUGUCCGAAUCCGAACACAAAUCUUCUCUCCAAGGAGGCAAAGGACUCGAAAGGGCCUUACCUCCUGGUACCAGUGGAAGAAUCAAAUUCCGCGCCAGUGAUAGCUGGUGUAACAAGCCAUGGAAGUGGCGGGGCUCUAAAUGCGGGAGUCGCGGGUCGUCUUCUUGGUAUACCCGGCAGCUUCGGCCAAGAAACAGGAGGUAACGCGAUCGAUCGAAGCCCGAGCAGCGUUUCGAUCAGCCGAAAUCACAGUUCUUCUGCUUUGGAAAAUGGGGAUAUAAAUCACAGGGGUAACACGCAUUUCAUGAGAAAAAUACCCCCGGGGGCUGAAGCGAGCAAUAUCCUUGUCGGAGAGGUGGAUUUCCUCGACAAAACAUUAUCGGCGUUCAUCCGUCUGAGUCAAGCAGGAAUCAUGGGAGAUCUGACCGAAGUUCCUGUCCCGACUAGAUUUAUUUUUGUACUUCUUGGACCGACGGGAGGCAGCUCUGGUUUUCACGAGAUAGGAAGAGCUAUGGCUACUCUGAUGUCGGACGAAGUUUUUCACGACGUUGCUUACAAGGCGAAAAAUCGGAACCAUCUCCUUGCCGGUGUCGACGAAUUUUUAGACGCUGUCACGGUCCUUCCACCUGGGGAAUGGGAUCCGACAAUCAGGAUCGAACCACCCGCGGCUAUCCCAUCUCAGGACACGAGAAAAAGGCCGAAGGAAGAAAAAGCGAAAGAGGAAUUCGACGAGGAGGCCGACGAAUUGAAGCAACGGGAAGCUUCCGGACUCUCGAGAACCGGCAAAUUGUUCGGUGGACUCAGAAAUGAUAUUAAAAGAAAAGCCCCAUGGUACUGGUCGGAUUUCAAGGACGCUCUUGCUCUCCAAUGCGUAGCAUCAUUUAUAUUUUUAUACUUCGCCUGUCUAUCGCCUAUAAUAACAUUUGGUGGCCUUUUGAGCGAAGCUACUGGUAAAAAUAUGGCUGCUAUGGAAUCUUUGGUAUCAGGAUUCGUUUGCGGUAUCGGCUAUGGUUUCUUCUCCGGUCAGCCACUCACCAUUUUAGGAUCGACCGGACCAGUUUUAGUAUUCGAAACUAUAGUCUACGAAUUUUGCAAAUCGUCGGAAUGGAAUUACAUGUCCUUUAGAUUUUGGAUCGGUACGUGGAUAGCGAUAAUUUUGGUAAUUUUGGUCGCAAUUGAUGCCAGUGCCUUCGUGUGUUACAUCACGCGUUUUACCGAGGAGAAUUUCGCAACGCUCAUCGCUUUCAUUUUUAUAUACAAGGCUGUCGAGAACGUUCUAUCGAUUGGUAAAAAAUAUCCCCUCAACACCCACGGUAAUGAGAUUUUGAGUUACGAGUGUUGGUGUAAACCGCCAAAUUUCACCGUACCCGGUUCAUCUCCGGGCUUGGAAAACGUGAAUUGGACGAGCCUUGAUAAAUUAGAGUGUCAGUUUUUCAACGGUACUCUCGAAGGCGAAGGUUGUAACACGCCAAAUUAUAUUCCCGACGUGUUCCUCAUGUCGGUUAUCCUCUUUAUGGGGACAUUCUUACUCUCUGUCGAACUCAAAGACUUUAAGAACGCCCUAUUCUUUCCUUCGAAGGUGAGGCAAAUAGUGAGUGAUUUCGCUGUAUUGAUAGCGAUAUUUUCAAUGUCAAUUCUCGACCAUUUCGUCGGUAUCGCGACCCCGAAACUUGAAGUGCCUGAGGAAUUCAAACCAACUUUAGACGGUCGCGGAUGGGUCAUAUGGCCGUUCCAGGAAAAUCCGUGGUGGAGUUCCAUCGCCGCAGCUCUUCCCGCCCUGCUUGGUACUAUUCUGAUAUUCAUGGAUCAACAAAUAACCGCGGUUAUUGUGAACCGGAAAGAGAACAAGCUCAAGAAAGGAUGCGGUUACCAUCUCGAUCUCUUCGUUCUGGCGGUGCUCAUAGAAAUAUGUUCUGUGAUGGGUCUUCCGUGGUUUGUUGCUGCGACAGUGUUAUCGAUAAAUCACGUGAACUCGUUAAAACUCGAAUCGGAAUGUGCCGCGCCAGGAGAGAAGCCCCAAUUUUUGGGAGUCAGGGAGCAGAGAGUCACUCACGUUCUGAUAUUUCUCAUGAUCGGUUGUUCCGUUUUCCUUACAUCCAUGCUCAGGCAUAUUCCGAUGCCGGUGUUAUUCGGCGUCUUCCUUUACAUGGGUGUUGCUUCGUUGAAAGGACUCCAAUUCUUCGAUAGGAUUUUAAUAAUGCUCAUGCCCGUAAAAUAUCAACCGGAUUACAUGUUCCUCCGUCAGGUUCCUAUAAAACGUGUGCACAUAUUUACGAUUAUUCAAUUGGCCUGUCUCAUCUGUCUUUGGGUCAUUAAAUCCUUCAGCUCUACGUCUAUACUCUUUCCUCUGAUGCUUGUCGUGAUGAUCGGCAUCAGGAAAUCCUUAGACCUGUUCUUCACGAGGCGUGAGAUGAAGAUUUUGGACGACAUCAUGCCUGAAACGAGCAAAAAACAUGCUCACGACAUGCAACAACUUGAGAACGGCGAGGACGACGAUAAACCUUUGGGUUUCGGACCAUCGGGGAAUCUCCAAAUUCCUCUGGCAAACGGAAAUAUAAUGAAAAUUCCACUGGCCAGUAUAAACAUCAGCGAAGAGGUGAAUAAAACGGGAAUUUGGCAGCAAGUAAACGAAGGAAAAUCCGGUACUACAGGUCUGUACAAAGAUGGGAACGCUACUGCAGGUGACAAACCUAGCAAACAAUCCAAGCUGCUGAGCGUUGGAAAACAAAAAAAGCACAGGUCUAAGGAUCAAACGUCAUUGAUAACGGCUGACGAGACGACGAGAUUAACAACUAUGACCGAAGAGGAGGAAGAUGACUGUGGAAUAUCGAUAAAGGUUGAUUUGAUAAGAUCAAAGGAAUCCCCGAGUCCCAUGAAGGCGAACGGGACUACGUCGGCCGAGACAUCUGUCUGAAUGAAUAAAAUAAAAAUCAAAAAACCAUUUUUGGCCAAUUACAAAUCUAGUUAUAGAUAAUCGUAUGUCACAUAAUUAUAUGAAAAAUCAA